AAUUAUAUGAACUUGUGGGGUGAAUAGGGCAAAACCAAUUUUCAAAAAAAAAAGGAGGUUAGUUUUGUGUUUGACUUUAAGUUGUAGGUCAAUUUUGCAAAAAUUCCAAAAAAAAGAAAGAAAAGUUACCUUGUUCCACACGGGGCCAAGUUAGUAGGUCCACCGUUAUGACAAGAUCUUUCCUUCCAAGCCUCAUCAAUGACAUCGGGAUGUUUAUUGUUUCGUACACUAGACAAUUCCCAUUUUCAUAAUAUUCUGCUUUAUAUUCUUCUUUUUUUUUCUUGUUUUUUUUUUGAGAAAUGCUUUAUAUUCAUGCGGAUUUAUUAUUUCUUAUGAAAUACAGCAAAGCGAUAAAUCAAGCAAAAAUUAGAUUAUUAUGGACAUCGAAAUAAUGUGAAAGUUGAAAGUAAAUGUCAGAAAUAAAAUUACUCAAAUCGGUAGAAUAAUACGAGCAAAAUAUGUAACGUGCAGGUCUCAAUGCGUGUCUUAUAUGACUUUCGUCUUUCGUAAUCUGCGUUAGUUAUAAACUAUGCACAACAGUUAUCUAAUAAUUUAUUUGUUUCUACAGGGAGUUAAGCACUUUGCGUUACCAAACAGUUUUAACCGAGUAAUAAUUUAUCUAAAUUUUGUUACCCAGACGGCUAGACCUUACUUGACCUCCACGAUGUUAACUAUCAGUGUUAUUAAAAGACAUUACGAGAUACUCGAAAGAUUCUCAAGUCACACAAGCAAAUAUGAUCAUGAUCGAAGUUAUUAAUAUAAACUGUAGAAUAUAUAUUACUAUACGACGCUCGCCUAAUUGACAUUUGACACAGUCCAACUAAGAAUCCCACUAUGAUUUUAUGAAAUCAAUUAAUCUAAACAUGAAAAGAUAUAAAAGAUUUAGAAACAACAUGGAGGAUUGUUAAUGCGAUAGUUGUAAUCAUCACACAUGUCAGGAAGCUCCAUGGAAACUCAAAAUAUUAUAUUCAAAUACACGUAUCAGAAUACUAAAAGUUUAUCUAAAACACGAAUACUAAUCUCAUCUUAAAUAAAAAAGGUUGUGCCAGAUAAACAUACUUCACUUAUUAAACGAAGACUUUGUUAAGUCUCAAAUGUUACUUGCAAGGCAUAAGAAAAAAUUGCAAAGUAGCUUCUCGCACCUCUCUUAUAUAUCCUCUACGAACUUAAAUUUCAUCAUUAUUCCUUUUUCCAUCAGAAAAUCAUUUCCCAAGGCCAAAGAAAAACAUAGAGAAUUAGAAAAGCAAAAAGUUUUGAAGAUAUGGAGAUCAAAGUUGUUGAAGAUCAUCAACUAAGUACUAAAGAAGAUAUCGAAAAGCCACUUCUAGAAGAAAACAAAGGCUUUCCCGAUGUAGAAAGAACAACAUGGAUACAAAAGGCAAUAGGACAAACAUUUCAAACCACAGCCCAUUUAGCUAAUCUCUUACCAACAGGAACUGUUCUCGCGUUUCAGCUCUUAUCUCCAAUUUUUUCAAACGGUGGUCAAUGCGAUUUAGCUUGCAAGAUCAUGACAUCAAGCCUAGUGGCGAUAUGUGGAUUCUCUUGCUUCAUACUUAGCUUCACAGAUUCUUACAAAGACAAAAACGGUACAUUUUGCUACGGAUUUGCAACAAUCCAUGGGUUUUGGAUCAUUGAUGGAUCCGCAACGCUUCCUCAAGAGUUAGCUAAAAACUAUAAACUAAGGUUUAUAGAUUUUGCUCAUGCAUUCAUGUCGUUUUUGGUGUUUGGUGCGGUGGUUUUAUUCGAUCGGAAUACGGUGAACUGUUUUUAUCCGGCACCGUCAGCGGAAGAGUUGGAGUUUCUCACGGCGUUGCCGGUAGGCGUUGGGGUGUUUUGUAGUAUGUUGUUCGCAACAUUUCCUACAACACGCAAUGGUAUUGGUUUUCCAGUUCCUGGUAAUAAAUGAUACCAGCAACAUGUUUACUUAUUUGUAAUUUGUUUGAUUCUUUCUUUAAUGAUCUCUUUACAUUA